UAGUUGAUGGCAUAAAACCUAGUAUUCCGUGAAAUCGCUGAUAUAGCCCUACAAUGCAAACGUGUGAUAGUGCACGUGAACCCCUGUUUGUGUUUAGUACCUAACUUGACAUGUAGUCGUUGUGCCGAAAGUUGUGUCUGUGCCUGUUGUUGAUAUUGUAUGGUUUCGGUUUGGUGUUGUGUAGAUCUGAUGCGAAGUAGUGUUUCUAAAAAUUCUUAUCAUUGGUACAAUUUUAACUGUAACUCAUUAAAUUCCAAUAAAUUUCUUUUUAACUAUGAUGUAACUUUUACGUGCCAGAAUUAAAUGUGUACUUGGUAAAUAAAUACUGUGUAGACGUUGCUAUAUGUGGUGGUAGUGCAUUUGUUUAUUUUUAGACGUAAUUACAGUCAUGUAAUUUAACCGGUGCCGCUAAAAUGUCUCAAAAGGAUACAGCGAUACAUUUACUAGCCGGCGGGAUUGCUGGUACUGCAGGUGCAGUGGUUACCUGUCCUCUAGAAGUAGUUAAGACAAGACUCCAAUCCUCAAAGGGUGUGGGCAUUCCACCACCACCCCCUCCAUCUGGUGCUGCCACCUCAAAGCGAGUUUGCUCUAAGAUUCCAAAACAUCAGGAGGGCAAAUGGGGCUACAGACGUACGAUGGGCGCAAUGUUCGCCUACACCAAGCAAGCAGAUCGAAUGCUGAUGUCCUACAAUUACCAGGUGCAGCAGUGCGCGAGGGCCGGCCACGCAAGGACCGCAGCGAGGAUGAGUCUCAUACAUUGCCUCAGGCAUAUCGUUCAAAAUGAAGGCGCCCGUGCACUCUUCAAAGGCCUUGGGCCGAACAUAGUGGGCGUUGCUCCUUCCAGAGCAAUCUACUUCUGCACGUAUUCGCAGGCGAAGGCUAUACUCAACCAACAUAUUCCACCGGACACACCAAUAGUGCACCUGUCUGCAGCCAGUGCUGCAGGGUUCGUUUCGUGCACGAUGACUAACCCCAUAUGGUUCGUGAAGACGCGACUUCAACUCGAUGGCGCCAACGUCACCGCGUGGCAGUGCAUUAAAAGGAUAUAUACAAAAACGGGUAUCAGAGGUUUUUACAAAGGCAUAACAGCAUCGUACAUGGGCAUCAGUGAAACGGUCGUCCACUUCGUACUGUACGAAGGCGUGAAGGCUAGACUAAUGGCCGCGAGAAGUUUAGACGGUGUUCCAAGCGAUCAGCGCUCGCCAAGGGACUUCCUCGAGUUUAUGGCAGCCGGGGCCUUUUCCAAAACCGUCGCCUCUUGCAUCGCUUAUCCACAUGAGGUAGCAAGGACGCGUUUGCGGGAGGAGGGCGACAAGUAUCGCAAAUUCUGGCAGACGCUGCACACCGUUUGGUUGGAGGAGGGAUACCGCGGAGUAUAUAGGGGCCUCGGCACACAGCUGGUCCGACAAAUUCCGAACACAGCCAUCAUGAUGAGCACAUACGAAGCAGUUGUAUAUCUCCUCACCACCCACUUCAAUAGCUCCUUCUACGAAAAUACUUAACUCUGCACCAAAUCAGUACUUGAGAUACCCGUAGAAUGAGCUUGUCUCGCUUAGAAACAACAGAUUAGAGGAGGAUGGCAACACUGCUAAAUACUCUAUUGCUAUACUUUGAUGCCACCAAUGUGAUUAUCACAGUCCAACUACACGGCACCCAUCCUAUUGGCUAAUCGAUGAUUGCAUCGCAAUGUAGUUAUGUUUGUAAUACAGCUGUGGCAUGCUCUAUUUAGAAAAUAGCAUGCCCUCAUAAAACAUGAAAUUAGUGACGUUUUUCUAGUUUCAUAUAUGCUAUGAAAAAUAUGCAGCUAUUGAUUAUAUUUGGAGGUUUUAUUUUAAAAGUUUCAGAUUUUUUAUAGUUCACGAAGUAGAUUAAUUAGUAUUUUCGAUCACUUCAGUCUAUUUAUGUUAAGUCCAGUUAUAUUAAGAUGUAAAUCUCGUUUUGUUCUUGGAUGAGUGAUUGUUUUGGUCACAUACGUUUUACGUAUGAAUGAUGAUAAUUGGGAUUCAAUAUGGCAGAGAUUAUUUUUAAUAGAACAGUUCGAUUAAGGCUUACUUUGUCACGAGCCCAUUUUCAUUGGUCGAUACACCGGAAAACAUUUUGAAAAAAGUGCAUGUUGGGUGUUUGUUGAUACAUUUUCAUUGGUCGAUAGGGUACUGUGAGAAAAUAUUUCUAUGCAGUUUCACGACUGCAGGGAUGGACCAGUGUAGAAACUAAUUUGUCGUCAAUACAUAAUAUUAUAAACUGUCAUACUUUAUUUUGGAUAACAAACUUGGUUUUAAGAGAUUGGAAAUUCUUAUGUUGAGCUAAAAGUUUUUUUAUUUUAACAUUACCUAAUAUGAUAAUUAUAAUAUUAUUUUUCUAUUUUAAAUUUUAUAAACAAAGUUAUUUUAUCAAAUAUUGCUGACUCUAAACUAUUGUAACAAAAAUUAUAGUUGUUUCAGUGUGCCUACUAGAAUUUAAAGAGUUAAAAGAUUGUAAAAUUCUAUCACGAAAAUCAUGUUUGCAUUUUUUUUUACUUUUAUGGUGUUUCUUUGUAAUAGAAAUAUUUUUUUAUAAUAGUUUUUUUUAUUCAGCGGUUACUUAGUACGUUAACUUAACUUGUACGUUAUUCUUACAUAAAAAUAGACAUGCAAUUUAAAAUGAUGUUUAGAUGAUGAUGUUGUUGUUGUACAAUAUAAAUAUGACCUUGACUUAAUA